AUGAAUAGCACCUUCAAGAUACCGGUGGGUCUAAGAACAGCAUUAUUAACGAUUACGUGGUUCCCAGUAGGUUAUGUAUUUGCAAACCAUGUUUAUCAACCAUGUCAAAUUACCGGGAGAUCAAUGAGUCCAACGUUUAAUCCAGGGACAGAAACGAGUGCUAAAGACAUAGCUCUCAUCCAGAAGUUCAAUUUGAAGAAACCUGACUCACUUGUGAGAGGAGACGUGAUUAUGAUACGAUCACCGUCCAACCCAGAGAAGCUAAUAACAAAACGGGUGGUUGGCUUACAGGGAGAAAUAGUAAAGACGAAACUGCCACCCUAUCCUAAGACAGAGACGAGAGUCCCCAGGAACCAUUUAUGGGUAGAGGGAGAUAAUGGGUUCCACUCUGUUGACUCAAACACAUUUGGGCCAAUAAGUCAGGCAUUAGUUGUAGGCAAGGUAGUGGGAAUAAUAUGGCCACCAAGCAGAAUAGGGUUAAAUAUACGUGAUGGUGGGAGAGAUGCAAGAAAGAGCGAAGAGAUAGAAGACAAGGUCAAACUGCUCGGAGAUAUAUGA